CAUUUUCUCAUAAAUCCAGAGUCUAACUUUCUUCCAUAAUAUUUUCAAUGUGUUGCUUCAGAGAUGGAGAGGAGCGCUUUUAGAUGACUGUAUCUUCAUUUGUGGACAUUAUAUGUGUCUAAAUGUCUAAAUGUCUAAUCAGAUUAAUGAUAGAAUGAAGCCGGGUAAAAUGUGGUUCUAGUUGCAGAUAUUUUCUCAUCAUUUGGUAGAAAAGGGACAAGACCAGAAUAAAUGAAAACAUCUUUACAGAAAGAUCAGUAUUCAUCCAGAACUGUUUAGAAUCAAACAGACAAACAAACAAACAAAACCUUAUUUUAAAAUGUGCUUCUUUGACCCCGUGUUAAAGGCCUAAUGCUGAGUUUACAGGGAUAUUAAACAUGUUUACAGCUCGGUUCGGUCUCAGCAGUUUAUUUCACGGUUCAUGACAUCUAUCUAUUUUUUAGGUUUAAAAUUCUGCAUCAUCAUCAUCAGCUAUAUUUUGUAUUAUUAGAUUCUACGUGUUUCCUUCAGUCCGAUCUUUGUAUCUGAGACAAGUUUGUUUAUCUUGUUUUUCUACUGUUAAAAUGAUUUUUCCUUCAUGCUGCUCUGGAGGCUUCAGGACUUUUUAAACUGCCUUGAGACAAUUUAUGUUGUUAUUGAAAACUGAAUUGAAUAAUUAAAGGUGAUCCACACGUGACAUGCGGCUGUUGUUGUUUAUGAUUGUUUAUGAUUGUUUAUUGUUGUUUAUUGUUGUUUAUGAUUGUUUGUUGUUGUUUAUUGUUGUUGUUGCUGCUGCCAGCUGUAUCCUUUCAGCUGAAUUUCAAAUAGAAGUAAAACCAGGCUGGUUUGCUUAUUUCCCAGCAUCCCGGAGGUGAGUCUGGAGAAUCCGUAGCUGAAGCUAACUAGCUUACUAGCCAGCUAUUGUUUAUUCUAUUCUACUCUUUUAAUCUUAUUAUUUAUCUUUUACACAGACCACUCUUUAUUCUUGUUACUUUUCUGCACUACGUUGCUGUUGCAAAGUGCAAUUUCCCCACUGAGGGACUAUUCUAUUCUAUUCUAUUCUAUUCUAUUCUAUUCUAUUCUAUUCUAUUCUAUUCUAUUCUAUUCUAUCCUUCCAGUCAGGCUCUGGUUUGAGAUAAAAAAUAAAAAGUUUCAGUCUGUAUUAAAACUAUGAUUGGAUUUAAAUAAAGAUAUGGAUUGAAUAUAAAUAAUAGUUUUAAUAGUUAAGUUUUUGUUGGUAUUGUGUCACAGUCGUCCUGAGACAGACGUCCCACCAGAGCACUGAAACAGGUGCAUACUCACUUUUCCCGUUGGGCGAGUUUCUGGUGGAAGAAGCUUUGAACUGGUUCACGUUAAGUCUCACGUCUUUAUCUGCCUCUUAUCAGGUUUCUUUCCUCGUGUCUGGAAACAUCUUUUCUGUCGUUACAGUAAAGGACUCACUCACUCGUCCCUGUGACGCUACAGGAAUUCACACUGUUUUAACAACAGAUCUGAGCAGGAACAAGACGACACCUGAAUCUGGACUAAAGAAACCAGCCUUCAAUCGGUGGGGUGGUCUGGACUAAAGUCUGGACUAAAGUCUGGACUAAAAUCUGGACUAAAAUCUGGACUAAAGUCUGGACUAAAGCCUGGACUAAAAUCUGGACUAAAGUCUGGACCGGAGCAUGAGGGAUCUGAUUUUGUCCCUCGUGUCUUCGUGGAGACAUGCAGUCCAGCAGCUCAGAGGAAGUGUCUCAGUCCAUCUACGAAGACCCGGACGCUCUGACGGUAAAACCCAUGAAACCUGUUACCUCUGUUCUGACGGGCUGAUCUCCUCUAACCACUUAACAUGUGUCCUGCCAUGUGACCAGAGUCCCCAUGGUAACAGGGUCCCAGCAGAGAGUCCUCGUCCUGUCCGUCCUCCUCCCAAACCACCGGUGGACAGACGUCUCAAACCAAGUUUUAAUGGGACGUCCUCUGUGAAGCCUCCAACAACCAGCGCUGAAGAGACAGCUCCUCGUUCUUGUCCUCGUCCUCAUCCUCGCCUUCUUCCUCCUGGUCCUCGUCCUCAGCUUCGUCCAGUGUCUCCCCACAGCAGCCAUGCUUCGUCUGUAGUCAGUCUUGAGUGUGACGAUGCAGACAGGACGUCCAGACCUCGUCCUCAGGGGACGUCCUUUAGACCUGCUCUGCCCACCCCUUCUAAGGCUGUUGGACAAAAGACCAGUCCUCCUCCACCUCCUCUCAAGCCUCCACCUCCUCUACCAAGCUUCAUCCAGACACGCUGUCCUCCAUAUGUGGACGUCCUGCCUGUUGAGACGUCGUCCCUGAGGACAGAGUCUCUCUGUUGGAUGGCCUCGUCUCAUCGGCUGAACUCAGAUGACGAAGUCACUGUGCAGCUGAGAUGGUUGAGACGGAUGUCCAAGUCUGAUUUCAUGGACCUGACGCCCCCAUAUCACCUCGAUGUCCAAGAGGGUGUCAGGUCCUUGAACCAGAGAGCCCUGGACCUGAGGAGAGCCCUCUACCUCUACAAGCUGCUCAUGGCCCGGUCCAGAGACCAGCUACGCAAGAUCCUCUCAGACUUCAGGGGCAUCUCUGAGACCCUGGACAAGGUGAAGCAGAAGAACAGAAACAUGGGCAUCGCUGGAGGAACCACCGGCGCCGUGGGGGGCGUGGCCGCCGUGGUGGGCAUCGCCCUGGCCCCCGUCACCAUGGGCGUGUCUCUGGUGGCUACAGCGGUCGGUGCCGGCAUGGUGGCGUCUGCAGGCGGCAUGGGGGCCCAUGCUGUCAGAACCAAUAAGAAGAUGGUGGACAGGAGGACAGUGGAGGGUCUGGUGGACAACUACAGGACGGAGGUGGUCGACCUGGAGAUGUGUCUAGACCUGGUCCUGUGUGGGAUGAACGAGCUGCGGAGGCUGGACCUGGCCAGGCUACACCGGGCCGGAGCUCUACCUGAGGCGCUGAGGACGGCUCACCUGGCUCAGGACGUCUACACCAGGACCAUGGACACCAGGACGCCGGUGCACACAGGUGGGUUGCCGUCUGAGAGACUGCUGCAGACUUUCACCAAAGAGAUGGAUCAGUUCUUCACAGAGAACAAAGGCCAGAAGCUGAAGGGGUCCAGCAAGAGCAAGUUUUCAGUCAGAGUGGAUCUACUGGCCAGGAACCUGCAGGACGAGCUGGAACAUCUGGAACUCAUGCACAGCAUGUUGAGCUGAGUCAGAGGACACAUGUGAUGCAGAUGUUUGUUAAUUCAUUCAUUCAUCAUGACUGGGUGCCUCCCUUACCACUUGUUCAUAUUGUAUAGUUGCAAAAUCAUAGUCUGACUGAAGCACCUUUCACAUCAAGUGAAAAACCCGGGUUUUUCAUGCUGAUGUUCUGAUCGACGGCCUGACAGACUGUACCAUCAGCUCAAAAACAAGCUUUGUUCUACUCACAUAAAGACUGAUCUCUGAAGAGCUGAGAUUUUGCUCAUCUUUUUUUCAUCAAACAAACCUAUGGAAGCGCAUAGGUGAACGGUCACUGUGUUUAUAUACAGCUUGUAUAGCGAUCUCCCAGCGCUCUGCAUCCAAAGAAAAGAGGAGAUUUGGCGGCAGAUAUCAGGCUCUGUGCAGGAGAUUUAUUCUAAUAUUAGUUAUUUUGAAGGAGCGGAGGUUUGACCGGUCCAUUCUUCAGGUCAUCAACAAACUGCAACGUUAUCGGCAACGUACCGAUGGCUUGUGAGAGAGGAAGAAACAGGUACGCAGCUCUCACAGCGGGACGUCUGACCCAGGACUUCUGCUGAUGUGAAAGCACCAAAGGCAAGUCGACCCAGGUCUUAAAUGUGAAAGGGGUAUAAUAGUUAUAAUAAAUCACAGGUGCCAAACAUACGGCCCACAGCUCACAGGUGUGUGUCUUGUGUGCCUGGUGCUAUUUCUUGUUUCUUUUUUGUGUUGUGCACUGUUGUUCCCUGCCCCAUAACACCUAAUUAUGCCACUACCCCAACUAAUAUCUAAACUGACACUUUAUUUAAAAGUAUUAUUAAUUACGUUUUGACUUUGGUGAUGUUUGAUAGCCCUUACAAACUAUAUAGCCUCUUGUUAGCCUCUCGUUAGCCUCUGUAACAAAGCGGAGCCUCUCUGGAAGGCUAGCCUAAUUAGCCUAAGUGUAAUUCAUUUGAGGGCUAAUUAGACUGUUAACUUCAUUUUCCAGGAGAACCGUGUUGGGAACUGACACCGGCCAUAUAGAUAAUCCUCCAUAUUCACUUCUGGGAUGUUCUGGAUUAUUUAUUUUGACUUAAAAUGUCUGUAUACUUUUCAUGGAUAUUGAAAUAAACUAUUAGGACCAAAACCA